AGGAAGUCUCCGUUUUUCCGUCACUGAUAAGGACCGUAUUUCUAGGCAUUUCUUUAUAUGGCCUUCGUUGGUAGGGAUUUAUCUCCAUGAGUUUCCGUUUUAGUCAACAGCAUCCUGUGAAAUAUCUUUACAUUAUUUUUCAUCAGCUCCCAGUAUUUAUUCUACAGCGAUGUCGAGUGUCUGGCUGCUGGGGCUUUUCUGCGUGCUAAAGUGCACGGAAAUCGUAUACGCUACAUGUUCCAAAUCUCAGUAUGAAUCUGAGCCUGGUUACUGGCUGAAAUGUUCCAACGGCACUAUAGCAGAUGUUUCCAACGAGCAGGCAGUACUCUCUGCGAUAACGAUGUUAAACUCAAACAUGAAAUAUAUUUCAGCAAACUCAUUUAUGAAGCACCGAGGUACUCUGAUUGUACUGAACCUCCAGAACUGCGAGAUAUCCGACGUGCAUCCCCUCACCUUUUCCAACUUUCCAAAAUUGAAAAAGCUGAGUCUGUCUCACAAUAAACUAAAGCAGUUGCAGAGUAAUUGGUUCACGAAUAUUCCAAAUCUUCAACAACUGGACGUCUCAUACAACCAAAUUCAAAUAGUGCAAGCCACUGUUUUUACAAAAAUACCCAGCCUUCAACUUUUAAGUCUCGAUGGGAAUCAGCUCAACUGUCUUGACCCGAAGGAACUGGUACCUUUGGGAAGUCUCGCAAAAAUAAGAAUUUUGGAGAAUCCAAUGUCGCUGCUCUGCCGCGGACAAUUGACCCUAUGGCUGAAGGAUCAUGGAAUAAAUUACUCGAACGACCGCCCAAACGGGAUGGAAAGUUGGCUGGACAGUUUACUCUGGCUCUGUGCCAUAGAGAACGAUGUGAUUGCUAAAUCUGAGGAAAAAAUGAGACAAUGUGUCGUCCUGGCGAUGUUCAAUCAGCUCCGAGAAGCUAUUGCGACCUUGGAGGACUAUCAGACUAUGACAAAUGUUUGUGUCGCAGAGAGAAAAAGCUUUCUUAAGUCGUUGAGUGAAUUUAAACCACCGGGGGAAUCCCUGACAAAUGGAAUGGCCAUCGAAAACAUGAUCAGAGUUGUUGGAAGUGUCUUAGCCAAUAACUAGGAUGGAACGGUUUCAAUCUUCCUGGAUUCAGAGAUUCAUUACUGCGUAUUGAGCUUAACCAAGGGAUUAUUACAUUGUUUCUCGAGGGUUUGGGGAAUGCAGGGAACAAGAGUACAUGCUCGAAACUAGCGGAUAAGUGUAUAUAUGACUAGUUAGUGUGUUUCCUAGCUCAAGGCUACUAUCGAUCCAGUCGAUUUCAACGCGAUAUCGUUGUGUACUUCAGGCCACUCAGCCCGGGAUAUAAUUUAAUACUCUUUCGGGACUAAACCGCAUAUUUUAGAGUUUAUCGUAACUACAACGAAUGUACUCCAGUAUUUUUAUUACUUAUCCCAAUAUUUUUGCAAGUUUCAUAAAAUACCAUUGAAUUACA